CUAUAACCCAACUACAGAAAUAUCAACAUCAUUACAGUUCCAAUUAAAAAUACCUGCUACACCUACUCGCUCACACCCACAAACACACACACUCAAACCCUACAAGUUCCAAUGUGCUUCUUCAACCUCUUCUCAAAACACGACGAAAAGGAUGACUUACCACCACCAAAACCAACAAAUAUUGGUCGCAGAACACCAGAAGCCACAUCCAGACUUCAAGGAAGCAAGUUCUCCAGCGACGCCAGCAGAAGAUCAUCGACAGACAUUCACAAGUACGGUCACGGCUCUGGCAAUGGAUCGUUAGGAGUUGGCGGGCCACAUGGCGGGCCACAUGGUGGUAUAUACGGCGGAGUGAAUGGAGGCAUUUACUCUGGUGUCGGCGGAGGACCCAAUGGAGGAGUCAAUGGCGGUGUUUACGGAGGUGUUUCAGGGACUACGAGUGGUGGUGGACUUGCACCUGGUGGCAUGGGAACGUCGCCUGGUGGAGGAUACGGGUAUUUGUGAUGGAAUUAUCAUGAUUAAUGCGUUUAUGUUUGGCGUUUCGAGUGGAUAGAGGCGUUUAGUCGUGGGUUUAUCUGAGGGCUUUGCAACGCGUUAGGUGAACAAUACCUCGCUUGAUGUUUUAUAUAAGUAAUAUUAUUAGUGCUUCCAUAA